AUGGCCGAUCAGAACCCUCAAACUCCAACCACGGAUAAACCUAAACGUACCCCUCCUAAGCUGGGAAAGAAGUCUCCCUCAAAGCAAGAGCAGACCCCUCCUCCUUCAGAGAAGAGUCAAGAUCAGGAUCACCCCGAAGAAGAGAAGAAGCCUGAAGAGCAAACUUCUGAAGAACCCUCCAAGAACCAAGAGCCAGAAGAGCCAUCUGAAGAAGAGCCCAAGAAAGAACAAGAAGCUCAGCCCGAGUCCAAGCCUGAGUCUCAGCCUGAACCUGAAGAAGCUGAAGCUGAAGCUGAACCUGCACCUGAACCCCAGCCUGAGCCAAAACGCGAACGUCGUCGUCGCCCACGCCCAAGCAGCAAACGUCAAGAAUCUGACAUAGAGUCAAUCGCCCGCAGCGACAUGGACUCUCCACAACCAGAGCAGCGUCGCCGUCGCACCCGCCGACCGCAACAGCAACAGUCAGAUGGCAACCCUCUCAACAACAUCGGCGGCGUCGACCAAGCCGGCCAAUUAGUCCAAAAUACGGCCGGUAAUGCGCUUAACGGCGCAACCAACUCAGCAGGCAAAGCCGUUGGCGGCAUCCUAGGCGGCGGACAGAAAGAGGAGAAGGAAGACGACGGCGGUCGCGACGAGCAACUGCGGUUGCGUCUAGAUCUUAACCUCGAUAUUGAAAUUCAGCUCAAGGCUAAGAUUCAUGGUGAUUUGACUCUAGGAUUGCUGUCAGUAUUCCCCCUUUCUCCUCUAUUUUUAAACCCUCUGAUUUUCAGGCUACAUUUAUAG